GCAAAAUCCAAACUUCAACUAAUAUUAAAGUCAAUAGUUGGGUAAUAAUAAAAUAUCACGGGUCGGUCCUAUGCCCAACUCGUAUUCCUGCACGCCCCUUUUAAUUCUCGGUACACUCGGCCCCGCACAUCGGUGCGAUGUCCCUGCGCUGAGUCUUUACAAAAGUCGCAGCAAGUCUCGUGAUCGACGCUUCUUCUUUAGUACACUAAUCUCAACUUGCUACCACCCUCCAUCUGACUAACCACCAUGUCUGAAGAUAUCUCUGCCCUCUUUCAGUCUUCUGUGAAUUCUGCGGUGCAGAGCUCCCUUUCAUCCAAGAAACCGCUCUUUGUGUUCGUCACCGACGAGUCUGCCACCAGCUCGCACUGGUUACAACAGUGCGUGACGCCGGCACACCGGUCUCUGGUAGACCAGCAUUCGGUGACAUUGCGUUUGGUCAAAGGAUCAGUAGAGUGUGGCCUCUUCGAGCUGACCUUUGGCGAGACCGUCGUGCCGAGCAUCUACAUCGUUCGCUUGGGUCAGCCGCUUGAGACGAUCCACGUUAAUUCUUCGGAGGAAGAGAUUCAACUGAAGAUUGCUGGUUUGAAAGGGGAUGAGGAAGAUGCACGUAGUACAUCAACCCCAUUGAAUUCUCAAUCAGAUGCACCAUCAACCCUAUUGAAUUCUCAGUCAAAUGUUCCAUCAACCCCAUUGAAUUCUCAAUCGGAUACGCCAUUGGCUAUGCCUUCUACCCCUGCAAAUCCCGUCGCUACCCCUCCUCCCGCAAAACCCCGCAAGUACUCCACCUUAAAGGAAGAAGCGGCCGAGACCGCCUCUUCUAUCUACAGGGAGCAACAGGCCAAGGAAAGAGCGAUGGCAAAACUCGACAAGGAACGGAUUUUGAAGCUUCUCGCGGCGGAUAAGGAGGAACGUAAGGCGAGAGAACGCAGAAGGUUGGAGCGUCAAGGAGAAGUGAUGGAGGCAGAAGAAGACCUGUCCAUCAAAGAGGUGAUUCGCAAAAAACAACAUGAUUCGUGUGCUUUGCAUAUUAAAUUGCUCAACGGGGCAACACUCACGGCCAAGUUUGAGCCCCAGCAGACCCUCAACGAUGUGAGGAACUGGGUCGACGAGCACCGUGACGACGGUGAACAGCCGUACACGUUUGUCAAGGCGGUGCCGAAGGUCAACUACGGGGACGGUGACGAACUGAGCUCACUCGCCGAGCUAGAUUUGUUGCCGCGCUCUGCCUUGUUAUUGAAGCCGGUUGAACAUGAAGUUGUCUCCUCCUUCAAGCAAGGGGAGGGCUGGUUGUCGGGGUUGGUUUCCGGUGUGUUUUCCUACUGGGGAGGCAGCAAUGACGACGAUUUAGAAGAAGAGGAUUCGCCGAACGUGACGCCGGACGCCAGACCGGCUGAGGACGCCGGGGACUUCUUCCAGUCGCCAGUGGAAAGAUCCAGAGCAUCCACCCCUACUUUCCAGUCGCCCUUGAUGCUCCACGACCCUGCCAGUGUCCUGGUCCGAUCCACGUCGAUGUUGCGCUCCAGCUCGUCGCAGAGUGUGUCCCAGCAGCCCCAUGUUCCGUCCAACUUGCACCAUUCCAAUUCGAUGCUCAGUUUUGGGGACUUGACCAGCGGCGCCCCUGCUGGCGGUACCGUGCGCGAGAGACCCACACCCAUCUCCAGUCAUAACUCCAGCGUCCGCAUCAGAACAUUACAGGGCACUGGGAACAACGAGCGCCUUACAUACAACGGAAACCAGUUGAACCUUGAGGAUGACCGGGAUAAGAAGGCUGCAGCUGAAAAGAAGGAAUAAGGUUUGUGCUGAAAGCUAUGAAUAGGAAGUUUUUUCCGUGUUUUAAUGGCAUCUGUGGGU